CAGCAAUGGCGCCAUCGACUUUUAUUAUUUAACCACCACCGCCUCCACCACGAUGGAGUACUCCCGCGACUCAUCCCACUCCAUAACGAUGCUAAUUGUUUCCCUCUCAAACUCAAUUAUGUAACGUGAUGAUCAAUAGGAGCUCGAACGUUUGCUGACUACGAAUGUCUAGGGUCUUGCGCUGAUUUCCGUAAAGCUAUAGCCGCACUUUCUUGUAUUGACGGAGUCAGCUACUACUAGAGAUCUUCUACCACCCAUGAACUCUCUCUCUCUCUCUCCUACACAUCUCUUAGCACCACCGUCAUUACAGCUUGAUAUUACACAUACUCGUAGAGCCAACGCCGUCCCUGCCCUUCUCUCUCCUCCUUCUCCAUCCCCCACGUGUCUCCAUUCAUCAUCCAGAAACUCAAAAUGGACGUUCGACGAAGAUCAAGCUCCAAAUCAGAGGCCAAAUUCCAACGUCGGCGAACGAGCGUGGUUCAUGAUGACGCCGCUCUCGCCAAUUUCGGUAUCAAGCAGGAGUUGAACCGUAACUUUGGCUUCCUGUCUAUGCUUGGACUCGCCUUUGCCAUCCUCAACUCCUGGACCGCUCUCGGCGCCAGUAUGUCUCUGGCUCUUCCCUCCGGUGGUCCCUCUAGUGUCAUUUGGGGUCUCAUCGUCGCUGGUGUCUGUAACUUGUGCCUUGCUGCAUCAAUGGCCGAGUUCCUUUCUGCAUAUCCAACGGCAGGAGGUCAAUACCACUGGGUAGCAGUCAUCAGCUGGAGGCGCUGGGUGCCACUUCUGUCCUGGAUCACUGGGUGGAUCAACACCGCCGGCUGGGUCGCCCUCUCGGCCACUGCGGGUCUUUUGGGAAGCUCUCUGAUCAUUGGAAUCAUCUCCCUCGCCGACCCGUCCUACGAGUCACAUCGAUGGCACCAAUUCCUGAUCUAUAUUGCCUUCAGUCUGAUCGCCUUCCUCGUCAAUGCCUACCUUACUCGCAUUCUUCCCUAUAUUACCCAAGCCGCCUUGUUUUGGUCCAUCACAGGAUGGGCAGUCAUCUCAAUCACCGUCCUCGCUUGCUCCUCCCCAAACUAUCAAAGCGGAAGCUUCGUAUAUGGAGACUUUAUCAAUGAGACCGGCUGGCCAAAUGGUCUAGCAUGGCUCCUUGGAUUGCUGCAGGGAAGUUUUGGUCUGACUGCUUUUGACGCCGUUGCCCACUGUGUUGAAGAACUCGCCGAUGCUACCCGGGAUGGGCCCAGGAUUAUGAUUGGUUGCGUCUUGAUCGGAGUCGUAACUGGUUUCAUAUAUCUUUCGGUACUGCUGUUUGUUUCCAAAGACAUCGAUACCGUCAUCACGUCCCUGGCCGGCCCCAUGUUGCAAAUCUUCUAUGAUGCCACCGGCAACAAAGCUGGUGCCAUCUGCCUUCUCAUGUUUCCCCUGGUCUGCCUGACCUUCGCCGGGAUCUCCAUCUUGACCACAAGUAGUAGGAUGGUGUAUGCAUUUGCGAGAGAUGGAGGUCUUCCAGCCUCUCCAUGGUUGGCCAGAAUCCACAAAGGACUGGUGGUUCCGUUGAAUGCAUUGAUCUUCACUUCAAUCUUGGUCGUCAUCUUCGGCUUAAUCUUCCUUGGAUCGACAAGUGCAUACAAUGCCAUUGUGUCGGCAUCGGUGGUGGCACUUGGAGUGACAUACGCCAUCCCGCCUGCCAUCAAUUGUCUUCGAGGCCGCAAAAUGCUACCUGAAAACCGUCCCUUCAAGAUGCCCAAUUGGUUGGGAUGGAUAACCAACUUGAUCGGUAUUGCAUAUGCGAUUCUCACCACAGUGCUCUUCAUGUUUCCCCCAUAUGCCGAAGUCACUGGAAGCAACAUGAAUUACUGUGUGGCAGCAUUUGCGAUUGUUUUGGUGGUGUCUGUCAUUCAAUGGUUUGUUGACGGUCGCAAGAAUUACACUGGACCGCGACUCGACGUGGAAGCGUUGAAAAAGGGGGAGAUUGUGGGAAUGGCGCCAGUGGAGAGUAAUGCCGAGGACGAGAACGGUCUGAUUGGCGUUGGUUCGCGCGAUAAGAAAGUCCAGCCAGCUGUAUAGUUCGAUCGGACUGCAGUUCCUCUGAUGUAUGUCGUACACUCAAAAAUGGUACACAUUUGUCGUGAUAGCAUCAUACCAUCACGUCGGCCACGCAGGAUCUUCCUUCCUUCGAAAGAUGGCAAUAUACUUAUUCCC